AUGAAAACGUUAACUUUAUAUUUAAAAUUUACUACAUUCCUUCUUUUAAUUUGGAUGUAUCAAUAUUUUUAUAACUGUGAUUCCUAUAAAACAUUGAUUGAUAAAAAUAUAUUGCAAAUAAAAAAUGAGUUAAAAUAUGAAAGAGUAUUAACAGAGGUUGACAUAGCAGGAGAAAAACAAACUAACGCUGAAGGAUGCCAAGAAGAAUGUCCAACAGAAAAUAAAGAAAAAGAAAAAAAAAAAAAAAUAUGGAAAAAUUCACGAAAAUUGAGUAAUCCAUACGAUCUAUGGCAGAAAUUCACUAAUCCAUUAUUGUCGGAGCGAUUUAAAAAUGAAAUAAGUGGAAUGGAUCCUAAACGGAUAGACGAAAAAUGGAAGAAUGAAUGGAAUCAAAUUUCAGAGAACAAAGUUAAGGAUCUAUCUUCUAUAUUUCAACGAAGUGAUAUUUCAAAUGAAGAAAAAGAAAAAUUAAUUCUUGAUACUAAAACAGAACUCUUCAAACUAUAUAUGGAUUUUGUAGACGAAGCUAAGAAUGAGGUGAGAGGCAAUAAAACAGAAUCGGAAUCUGAAUCUGAGAAAGAGAUGAGGGACAAUAAAACAAAAUCUGAAUCUAUUAAAGAGAUGAUAGACAAUAGAACAGAAACAGAAUCUAUGAAUGAGAUAAGAGAAAAUAUAACAGAAUCCGAAUCUGAGAAAGCGAUGAGAGACAGUAAAACAGAAUCCGAAUCUAAGAAAGAGAUGAGAGAAAAUAGAACAGAAUCCGAAUCUACGAAAGAGAUGAGAGACAAUAAAGCAGAAUCCGAAUCUGAAUCUGAAUCUGAAUCUGAGAAAGAGAUGAGAGACAAUAAAACAGAAUCCGAAUUUGAGAAAGUGAUGAGAGAAAAUAAAAGAGAAUCCGAAUCUGAAUCUGAGAAAAAGAUGAGAGGCAAUAAAACAGAAUCCGAAUCUAAGUAUGAGAAAGAAAUGAGAGACAACAAAACAGAAUCCGAAUCUAUUAAAGAGAUGAUAGACAAUAGAACAGAAACCGAAUCUAUGAAAGAGAUAAGAGAAAAUAUAACAGAAUCUGAAUCUGAGAAAGAGAUGAGAGACAAUGAAACAGAAUCCGAAUCUGAAUCUGAGAAAGAGAUGAGAGACAAUGAAACAGAAUCCGAAUCGGAAUAUGAAUCUGAGAAAGAGAUGAGAGACAAUGAAACAGAAUCCGAAUCUGAAUCUGAAUCUGAGAAAGAGAUGAGAGAAAAUAAAACAGAAUCCGAAUCUAGGAAAGAGCAGGGAACAUAUGAAAUAACAAAUUAUAAAAAAAAAAUUUGGGAAUUACAUAUUGUUUUGAUAAUCUUAAGGAGAAUAUAA